AUGUCUUGUCCUACGGAUAGAGGCUUCGGGCCCUGGGCGGGCAACUGCCGCGGCGGCUUUGAUUUUACGCUUCUUUUUGAGGAGAGUGUGCUUUGUUUAUCUGUGCAGUGUAUCUUUUUGGUUGGGCUGCCGGUGCGGGUGUGGCAGUUACGGAGGGAGGAUGGCAAGGUUUCGAGGAGUUUUAUGAAAUGGGUCAAGAUUAUUUUGUCAAUAUGUCUUUUCACUUUGAAUACCGCGCUUCUGGCAUUAUACACCACCACCGCUGCGCCUACAACACAAGCAACCAUUCCCGCCGCGGCAAUAGUAUUCCUCGCUUCGUUGGGCGUCAUUAUCCUCUCGUAUCUAGAGCAUGAGAGGAGUAUCCGCCCCUCGUUCUGGCUGACCAUGUACUUGUUCUUUUCGACGCUGUUGGAUCUCCCUCGCACGAGGACCCUCUGGAUGAGUAUCUCGUCCAAGAGUAUCCCCGCUGUGUUUACGUGUACUGUUGCUUUACGGGCCAUCAUGUUUACUGUUGAGUCCGUUGAGAAGAGGGGGAUUCUGCUGUCCAAGUAUAAAGAUGCGUCUCGCGAAAUGACAAGCAGCACAAUCAGUCGGAGCGCCUUCUUCUGGCUCACACCGCUGUUUAUGACGGGUUAUAGGCGGAACUUGACGCUGGACGACCUGGAUCCUCUUGAUCCGAAAUUGAGGUCAGAUAGACUAUACAAGGCUCUCGCUGUGGAGUGGAAAAAGGUGCCUGAUAAAACUGCCAAUGGGGCACUGUUCGGAGCGUGGCUACGCAUAUUCUCGUGGGAGACUAUUGUGCCUGCGUUUCCGAAGGCGUUCCAGAUUGCGUUUACGUAUACACAGCCGUUUCUUGUGAAGCAGGGUAUUGCGCUGGCGGGUAUGCCGGAGGCGCAGCCGUAUAAUAAUUUUGGGUAUGGGCUGAUUGGGGCGUAUGCAAUUGUGUAUACUGGCAUUGCUGUCUCGACCGGACAAUACGAAUGGCUCGUGUAUCGCACGUCUACUCUUAUGCGCGGCAGUAUCGUUGGCCUGAUUUACCAAAAGACACUGCACCUGGACUUGAAUUGCCGAGAUGUCAGUCCCGAUGGAGCUCUGACGCUCAUGAGCACUGAUACAGAGACGGUUAUGCACUCUGUUCAUCAGUUUCACGAGGUUUGGGGGUCGGUUGUAGAGAUUGCGAUUGGGAUAUGGUUGAUAUAUCGCGAGUUGGGGGCCGCCUGUGCGAUGCCAGUAGCUGUUUCGUUCGUUGUCCUCGUGUUUAUGGGCUUUCUGGCCGUGUAUAUCGGCAAAGCGCAAGCCGAUUGGAUUCAAGCAUCACAAGACCGCGUAACAACAACAUCCAAAACACUCAGCAGCAUCAAGUGGUUGAAGAUGUCGGGUCUAAACGACGUGUCAUUUUCGAUCAUUCAGAAACUGAGGGCGCGGGAAUUAAAGGUAUCGCGGAGGUUUCGCAUGCUCAUGGGCGGAUCACUCAUGCUGUUUAUUUGCGUUCCCGUAUGGGGUCCCAUCCUUACGUUUGUGGUGUAUGGGAUCAAUGCCUCUAGGGGUGGUGCUGGAUCCUUGACGUUUGAAAGGGUGUUUACUAGUUAUUCGCUCUUCACGCUGGUCAUGACGCCGCUUACGAGUAUUAUUAUUGCGUUGCCUACGCUCGCUAGUUCGUUUACCUCGUUUGGAAGGAUACAAAAUUUCUUGAAUGGGAAAGAGAGGGAUGAUAAUCGCGUUUUGCAGGGCGGUGACGACGAUGAUGGUUCCAAGGAGUUCAAGGAAGUUGAAGUGGCUCUUGAUGCAGACACUGUUGCCUCGAUUAAGGGCAAGUUCUCAUGGACUGAGGAGUCAGAACCUGUCAUCGAUAUACAGGAGUGGAAUAUCCGACGACGCGAGUUUACGCUUGUUCUUGGCCCCAUUGGAUGCGGGAAGUCGACGCUGCUUAAGGCGCUGCUGGGCGAACUAUCGGCGUUUGAAGGGUCCAUACGCACGAAUUACUCGGGUGUCUCGUUUUGCGACCAGACGCCUUGGCUGCCGAAUGAGUCGGUGCGGGAUAUUAUCAUUGGGCCGCAGGCGUUUGAUGAGUCGUGGUAUGAUGCUGUGGUUAGGGCGUGUGCUCUGGAUAUAGACGUGCGGACGUGGCCGAAUGGGGAUGAGACUCUGGUAGGAACAAAGGGCAUCUCCAUGAGUGGUGGUCAAAAACACCGUUUGGCCAUUGCGCGAGCUAUCUACUCUCGUCGAGAGCUCAUCAUCUUCGACGACGUAUUCAGCGGUCUCGACGCAGCUACAGAAGAUCUCGUCUUCCACAACCUUUUCGGAAAACAGGGAAUUCUCCGAACGAGCAACAUGUCCGUCGUGGUAGCUUCCUCUGACGUCCGCCGCGUGCCAUACGCGGACCAGGUCGUCCUUCUCUCAAAGAACGGCACAAUUGAACGGACCGGAUCACCCAAAGAUAUCGAAAAUAGCAUCGGGUCAGGCGCAGAUGCAGACUGGACGGGAAACAUGAAGGAAAAGGCGAAUGAGGCGGCCAAAGCAGCUGCCAGGCAGGCAGACACUGUUGUCAACACCAUGGAGACGGAGGUAGAUACGACGAGACGACUGGGAAACGUGGCCAUGUAUGGGUUCUAUGCGAGGGCCGCGGGGUGGGACACGUUAUUUACGUUUGGGGUUGCCAUGGCUGUUUUUGCGUUUUGCAGCUCCUUUCCAAAUAUCUGGUUGAAGUGGUGGGCGAAUGAGAGUAUCACAGCCCCGAAUGACAAUCUGGGGAAGUGGCUUGGAGGAUAUGUGGGAUUGGGAGUUGGAUCGACUAUUGCCAUCCUUCUUGCUACUUGGCAGUUAUUCAUCGUCAUAAUCAACCGCUCCGGAGCAUAUUUCCACGACGCCAUGCUCCGCACAACAUCAAGAGCCCCCAUGUCCUUCCACAACACCGUCGACAGCGGCACAACCCUCAACAGAUUCAGCCAAGACCUCCAACUCAUAGACAUGGAACUCCCAGGAACGGCACUGGGCGUAGCAGUCGGCAUAUCCUUUGGCGUCGCCGAAUUCGUCAUGAUAUCCGUAUCAUCGAAAUAUAUGGCCGCUGUCCUCCCCUUCCUCUUCCUCGUCUUCUACCCCAUCCAACACCUCUACCUCCGAACAUCACGCCAAAUGCGCCUCCUCGACAUCGAGCUCAAGGCGCCGCUGUUCUCGCAACUCAUCGGCACGCUGGACGGCCUGGCAACCAUCCGCGCCUACCAGUGGCAGGAUGACCUCGAGAAGAAGACCAUCGACAAGCUGGACGAGUCCCAGCGCCCUAGUUACCUGUUGUAUUGUCUGCAGCGGUGGCUGACCUUCACGGUGGACAUGACGAUUGCGCUGAUUGCGCUGAUUGUGAUUGUUCUUACGACGACGCUGAGGGAGCAGAUUGGCCCGGGGAACAUGGGCAUUGCGCUGAGCAAUAUUCUUGCGUUUAGUGGCACGCUCAAGACGACGAUCACGUCGUGGGUUAUGCUGGAGAUUGCGUUGGGCGCGGUGGCUCGUGUGCGGAACUUUAUUGCUGAUACGGAGCCUGAGGAUGACUUUGACGAGUAUGAGGAUCGGGAGGAUUGGCCGUCGAAGGGGGCUAUUGAGUUUGACGGGGUGACUGCGUCGUAUUCUGGCAAGAGUUCUCUUGCUCUCUCACUCCUCCGGAUGUUAUCCCAAGACAGCGGGACCAUCACCAUCGACGGAAUCGACUUAUCCACGCUCCCUCACGAACUUAUCCGAUCGCAUAUCGUGGCCCUCCCCCAAGAACCAUUCAUAUUCGACGGCACCAUCCGUCUGAACCUCGAUCCCAGCAACACCUCCGACGAUGCGGACAUUAUCGCAGCCCUUGAAAAAGUCCAGCUAUGGGAGAAGAUCGAGUCCCGGGGCGGUCUGGACGCCACCAUGCACAGCAAGUUUCUGUCGCAGGGCGAGACACAGCUGUUGGUGUUUGCGAGGACCAUGUUGCGAAGGAGUAGGGUCCUCAUUUUGGAUGAGUUUUCGAGCAGUUUGGAUGAUGCGACGAGCGAGAUCAUAUAUGAUGUGUUGAGGACGUGGUUUGGGGGUUGGACGAUUCUUGUUAUUGCGCACAAGGUGCAGUGGGUGAUGGACUUCGAUAGAGUGGCUGUGUUGGAUGCGGGGAGGGUUGUGGAAUAUGGUGAGCCGAGGAAGUUGGUGAUGACGGACUCACGGUUCAAGACGCUGUAUGAUAUGUCUGUGCCGAAGGGGGGUGAUGAAAAGGAUUGA